GUUAUUGGUCAUGUUGUCAUGGAAACAGAUAAAAGCAUGGCCGAUUACACGACAGUUUACAAUUACCAGCCAUACAAGAAGGUAAUGAUUAAAUAUCUAACGAUAUCUCAUCGACAUUAUAUGACAUUUUAGUGAUGUGAAAAAACAUGCGAGACCACUCGUGUUCAAUGCCGGACACGUGUACGGCCGUGCGGUUAGCGUGAUAGAUCUCGAAAUAUUAAUUUCAAAAGUUAUCUUUGCUGGUCGAAACAAGAAUUGGACGAAUGCAGAAGAAGAUGAAUCGGUAUAUAACCUUGAACCAACUUGGUGACGGUACCUUUGGUUCCGUUGUGCUCGGCGAACGUAUUGACACUGGAGAAAAGGUCGCCAUAAAAAGAAUGAAAAGGAAAUACUAUUCUUGGGAAGAAGCCAUGAAUCUUAGGGAGGUCAAGUCCUUGAAGAAGCUUAGCCACGCGAACGUUGUGAAGUUGAAGGAAGUUAUUCGAGAAAAUGACGUAUUAUAUUUUGUCUUCGAAUAUAUGAAGGAGAACUUGUACCAAUUAAUGAAGGAUAGGGACAAACUUUUUCCAGAACCGGUGAUCAGAAACAUGGUGUAUCAGGUUUUACAAGGACUCGCCUUUAUGCAUAAACACGGUUUUUUCCAUCGUGACAUGAAGCCGGAAAAUUUAUUAUGCAUGGGGCCGGAACUGGUAAAGAUAGCUGACUUUGGAUUAGCCCGGGAAAUACGGUCAAGGCCACCCUACACCGACUAUGUGUCGACCAGAUGGUACAGAGCACCAGAAGUGUUAUUGCAUUCGACGAAUUAUAAUAGUCCAAUUGACAUUUGGGCUGUUGGAUGUAUCAUGGCUGAACUUUACACAUUUAGACCUUUAUUUCCUGGCAAAAGUGAGAUAGACGAGAUAUUUAAAAUAUGUUCGGUCAUUGGGACACCGGAGAAGGACGACUGGCCUGAAGGUUAUCAAUUAGCAUCGGCAAUGAAUUUCAAAUUUCCAAAUUUCACGAAAACAUCAUUAGCUGUAUUGAUACCCAAUGCUAGUCAAGAAGCUGUGAUACUGAUGGAAGAUAUGUUACAAUGGAAUCCUUUGAAAAGGCCAACGGCACAACAAUCAUUGAGGUAUCCGUAUUAUCAAAUUGGAAUUCAACGUGUGGUUAGCAGUAAAAAAAUUGGAGUAUCAUCGCAGAGAGAAUUGAUAAUGAACAAAGUCAAUCUUCCACCGCCGAUUCCAAAACAAUCCAAUUAUCAUCAGCACGAAGAGGUCAUGAAUAACGUAAUACAAUCUAGAGUACAAGAGAAGAUUGUACAACCACAGCAACAACCGGUAUUACCAUUAUUGAAUCAUAAUAAUCGUAAACGUGAAAACAACUCGUCCAAAUGGGACGAAGAUGAUUUCGCUGAUAUUUUAGGAAGCAAGAUAAUCCCAGAGAGCAUCGAAACAAAGCUACUGCCUGAUCGUGUUUACAAAGAAAAUCGUGCCAAUUGGAAUGCCAAUUAUACCGAUGGUGAGAAUUUCAAGCAGACUAAUGCAAAUUGGUCAUUGCCGGUUUGGAACGAGACGAUGCAAUUAAAGAAUUGGAAUCAACAAUCUCAAUCGGCUACGAAGAACGCUAGGAAGGUUUCAGCUAAACAACAUUAUCUCAGCGUGGCUCGGUACGUCGUUGGCCAGACCACAAAUUUGUCGUCCAGAAACGGAGACACCGACUCGAAUCAAUCAAGAUUAACGAUGAACGGCAUGAUCGGUCCAUUUAGUUCAGCAAAAUAUGAAGAAUACAAUGACAACUUUUGGGGACCCAGAGAGAACGUUGAAAAUCAAACAAGACAACAUUAUCUCUCACGAAAUCGUUUUAUAGCCGAGCAAAAUUCAAGAAUACCUUAUCCUAGUGUUUAUGGUACGCAUAAUAUCAAACAACCAAAUAAAUCAGCUUUACAAACGAAUCUCUUUGGAACUGUCUUGAAUGUUCGUGGAAGUGGCAGUGGACUCCAUGGUCGAACUGAUUGGGCAGCUAAAUAUCUCAAAUGACCACGUUAAAAUUCCUCCUAAAAUGAAAGAUUUAGUUUUUAUCGACACUUACCUUAAUCUGUGAUAGAAUGAUUCCAAUCGUUCCAACAAUUUUGCAUUUUGCAUAAUCGUUCGUUUUAGAAAAGUAGAUUUCUAUUUUGUAGUAUUAGAUCUACCAGAUGAUGCUGCUUUGUUUCUCUUUUUUCUUUUUUCUUUUUUUCUUUUUUAUUUUCUUUUUUCUCAAUCAAUCAUGAAUACCGACAAGAUUAGAGAAAAGAAAAAAAGAAAAAAAAAAAAAGAACGAAAUGAAAAAUUAAUUCGAUACAUUCAUUACUCCGAAUUUUUCAUUGAAUAACAUUCUGAUAAUAUUUAGAAAGCAAUGAAUGGAACGUGUGCGUGAUCGUUUAUUGUUCAUGAAUAUAAA